AUGGCUCCCCAGAAGCAGCAACUUCCGCCAUUCCAAAAGGACGAGCGCGUUCUCUGCUUUCAUAUGGAGAUGCUCUACGAAGCGAAAAUCCUCGAUGUUAUGGACGCCGAGAACGGUGAUGGCUGGCUGUACAAGAUUCAUUACAAGGGCUGGAAAAGCAGCUGGGACGACUGGGUACCCCAGGACCGCGUUCGAAAGUUUACGGAUGAGAACAAGGAUCUGGCCUCCCAACUUUUAGCCCAGUACAAGAUGCUGCAGUCCGGCAAGGCGGCCAAACAGACUGCCAAGAAGGGGGGGGCCGCUGCUCGGGCAGCAAACGGUUCGGACAUGAGUUCCGCCCGCGGCAGUGAAGAGCGUACUGCGGGCACUACGACGACCAGUGGCCGCGGCCCGAGGAGGGCCAGGGACUAUGAACUUGAGCAGGGAUGCUUUGGGAUGCUUUGGGAAGAUGCCUUGGGAAGAUUCGCGGCCGCCUUCCCCGCCUUCAAGAUCGCGAGCAACACGCAGGAGGAACACCCGAACAAUAUCCCGGAACAACUCGUCAGACGCUACGACCAAGUUACCACCACCGGAGCCGGUUCUCCCUGCUGCACCCCCUGGAGACCCUGCAUCAAGCACUGCAACGGCCGACGGCGCAAUCACAUCAAAAACAGCGCCCCCGUGCAUGAGACGAGCGGCAUUCAAAAUCCUGAUCGCGUCCGGAAGCCUACCCGCGCCCGGAAAUCUAGCCGCGUUCAGAAGAAUGUCCGCCUUCAAAACCCCAGCGACGGUCAGCCCCUCAGCGACGGUCAGCCCCUCAGCGACGGUCAGCCCCUCAGCGACGGUCAGCCCCUCAGCGACGGUCAGCCCCUCAGCGACGGUCAGAAUCCCAGGGACGUUCCGAAGUCCGCCCAAAAAAUCACCAUUUUUCACAAGACGGCAGACGGCACCAAAAGCGUGACACUCACCACGCCCCCGACGUCUCCAGAGGCCAAGAACUCCCGGCUGCCUACGCCAUCUUUGGAGGAGGCUGCGUGGAAAGAGCCCAAGCUCGCGCGGGACAACUUACUUCGGCUGCCAACCAUCAGGACCUCGAAGUAUCUUGAUCACAAUGGCAGGAAAACGUUCGACAACCGCUAUCCCAAUCGACAGGAAGGCAGCGCCUCUCUGGACAUUCUCGAAGAAGCAAUCGCCGGUCUCCGCGAGUACUUCGACAAGGCCCUCGGCCGUAUACUUUUGUACCAUUUCGAGCGCGGACAAUAUCAUGAGAUGCACAAGCUCUGGAACCAAGCGGACGCAGAUGGCAAACACAAGAGUGCCGCUGAUACUUAUGGCGCAGAGCAUCUGGCGCGUCUUCUUGUUUCCCUGCCGGAGCUCAUCGCGCAGACAAACAUGGACCAGCAAUCCGUCAACCGUCUCCGCGAAGAGCUUCUCAAGUUCAUAAGCUGGUUCUCCCGACACGGCGUCAAGUACUUUGCCAGCCAGUACGAGACUCCCGGCGCCGCUUACAGGGCGCAGUUGGAGAGUCACUAG